CACAGGCAGUUAACAUAAAACUUUCCCGCGCAGCGCACGCGGACUCUUACAACACUUGAAAACGUUCCGAAAUUACGUGAUUCCAUUUAAAGCAAUUCCCAUUCAAAGUGUACAUUUCAGCCCUACUGAUACAUAUUUAGAUAUUAUAAAAUCAGUUAUAAAACAGCUAAUAGAACACUAUUAUCCUGUCGUGUUUGUUUAUGUGAGUUGCUAGCCUACCUUUGUAAGAAAAACUAAAAUUGCUAGUGUGUCAAAACAGCUGUUUUAUAUUUCGAUCUGCAACCCAGAAAUACUUCCUGAACAUCUAUCCAAGCCAAGAUUCUGACUGCUUUGCUGCAUGCACUCGAUGGGUUGGACUAUAAAUGCAGCGAUCCUUAUAUAUACCAUGCGGAGGCUACACUUGACUGACAGACAUCUCCGAGUGAUGCUGUGGUGCAUACUGUUGGGAUUACAACCUGCUUUCGGAGGAAUCCUUGACCCCUUCAACUGGGCUCGCUCAGACCGCAUAGAAGUCAACAUACCUUGGCUACCCUUUGAGAACGAAACGCGAUGUUAUGAUGAACUGGGUUGUCUCAACAUCACCCGCAGCUGGUACCACCUUAUUCACCGGCCUUUCAAUGUAUUUCCACUCCCGAGAGUCGUAAUUAAUACCAGGUUCAUCUUAUACUCCAAGAAGAACCCAACGGAUGGACAACUGUUAAAUGUCAAUGUUAAUAAAACUAUAAUAAAGUCAAACUUUAGCCCUCGACGUCUAACUAAGAUGAUUAUACACGGCUUUAUCGACACACCUUUAUCAAACUGGGUCAGUGAAAUGAAGGAUGAAUUAGUAAAAGCUGGAGAUUUUAACGUCAUCGUAGUAGACUGGGCUGGCGGGAGUCUUCCGCUCUACACGCAAGCUACAGCAAAUACUCGAUUGGUUGGUCUUGAAGUGGCGCAUUUUGUCAACACAUUGCAGAAGGAACAUGGUCUCAAUCCUCUUGAUGUACAUAUUAUUGGACACUCGUUGGGAGCUCAUACCGCUGGUUACGCAGGCGAAAGAAUACAGGAUUUAGGAAGAAUUACAGGACUCGAUCCUGCUGAACCUUACUUUCAAGGAAUGCCUACCCAUGUGCGUCUCGACCCCACUGAUGCACAACUAGUCGACGUCAUACAUACAGACGGAAAAAGCAUAUUCCUUUUAGAUUUUGUGUUUAUGGCAGGAUAUGGGAUGUCGCAACCAGUUGGACAUUUGGAUUUCUAUCCAAAUAAUGGAAAGGAACAACCCGGUUGUGAUAUAACUGAGGGACCCUUGAUACCUCUCACUUUGGUCAAACAAGGACUUGAAGAGGCUUCUCGCGUCCUCGUAGCUUGCAAUCACGUUCGGGCUAUUAAGCUCUUUACAGAAUCAAUCAAUGGGAAAUGUCCAUAUAUAGGUCAUCAAUGUCCGUCAUAUCAACAUUUUCUUGAUGGCAAAUGCUUUCACUGUGGACACGGCUGCGCAAUAAUGGGAUUCCAUGCAGAUAGCUCACCUGGACUAAUCACAAACAAGAACAAUCAAACAGAAAAUGAAGUUUAUCCUUCUGAGGAACAAGAAACAAUUGGCGCGAAAUAUUUCCUUAACACUGGCAAGGAACAACCAUACUGUCAAAGGCACUACAAAAUCUCCAUACAUUUGGCCAAUCCUAAAGGCGCUGAAUCGUGGGUUCAGGGAUUUUUGAAAGUGACUUUAUUAUCAGAUAAAGGUGUGAUCAGAGGAAUGGAUCUUACACCUAGCAAUUACGUCAAAUUGGAACAUGGCACUUCAUAUACAAUUGUUGUAACACAUCCAAUGGAUUUAGGCGGCAAAGUUCGAAAAGUAGAGCUAUCGUGGGAGUACGACAUGAAUGUACUAGAACCACGAUCUCUGUGCAUAUUGUGGUGUAAUGACCGGCUGUAUGUGAAGUCUGUUAUCGUCGAUCAAAUGGAGCUUCCUAGUAGAGGGAAGCGUAAUGUAGACUUCACUAGCAAGCUGUGUACACCAAAGCGAGAAUUUGCCGAAAUUCCCAACAGAGGUUCUGCUAGUUUCUAUGACAACUGCAGCAGGUAGCUGUGCCAUAACAUCAAAAUUAAUUGUAUUAGAUGAGAAAAUUAUCUUGACAAAGCUUUAAUGGAGAGGCAAUUUGGUUGUGAUAAAAGAAAAACGUUAAGUGAUUGUUGUAUUACAGGGACUGGACUCCAUCUAAAUUAUAAAUUAAUUUAAGGCGUGUAAAUAAUACUAUAUUGUAACUAUUGUAUGUGUAAUUAUAUUAUAACUAUUUAAAUUUAAUUUUUGAUCGUGAAAUAUUUAUUUAAUUAGAUAAGUAAGUGCCCGUUAUCUUUAAUCUGUCCUUCAAAUUCGAAAAAAUGUCUCUACAAAUGGUAAAUUUACCUUUAUAUGGCUAAGGCUAAAUCCGUGAGGAUUUUAAGCUUAGUCUUAGCUUAACAGAUAAUAACAGAUUUUUAAUCGAUUUUAUACAUUUAAUAAUGAGUUAUAUAUUCAAAAAAAUAUAAUUAUUGAUAGGUAAUUGGCGUCUUAUAACAUUUCUAUAUCGAAUACAAAAUAAGAAGGUAAAUAAUAAUAAUUAGAGUAUCUAUUCUACAAAAAUGUACAUACUUUUGUAAAUAAUAAUUAGGAUAAGGAUGAGAGUAAAUGAAAAAUAAGUGAUUAACAAAUAAUUAUACUUAUUUUUUAUUUAUUGUGCAUUGGAGUACAGAAAUAUCAAAUUUUUUUUUUCAUAUACUUAAAAGUAAAUAGUAAUUGCAAUCACUCCAUUAUGCACUGACACUUAUUUAAUAAUAUGUCUCUUUAAAAAUAAAACUGUUUUCCAUACCUA